UAAUGCAAAAUGAGAAUGUAUCUAAUAAAAAAACAUAGACAUUAACAAAUCCAAUCCUCGAUAGUGUUUCAAUCUUCUUCAUUCGUUAAAUCCAUCAUACACACUCACAAUAACACAACACUCUCGACGAAAACUGAUGCAAGUGAAUCAAGAUUCUCGCGUCUUCAUUUUCCAAUCACAGUUUUGUAGGAUAUAGAAAUUAUGAGUCGGUUGAACAAAGAUACAAGUAACUGUAUGGAUGAUGAUGGAAGUGGGAGUAAUGAAUCUAGUGAAAGUGAAAUUUAUGGAGAAGGGACAAGUUAUCUUGUUCAUGAAAUUGCACAGAUCACAAAACUUAGGUCAAGCCCUAAUGAGAAUUUGAGUCAUGUUGUUCCUGGUAGGAUGAGAAGAUUACCUGCAUCAACUGUGAGAAUGUUGGUAGGUAGAGAAGGUAAUUAUUCUGGAAGAGGGAAAUUUUCAGCGGCCGAUGGAUGUCACAUGUUAAGCCGCUAUUUGCCUACCAAAGGUCCUUGGAUUGUUGAUCGGAUGGGAAGUCGUGCUUAUGUUUCGCAGUUUUCCGAUGAUGGUUCUCUUUUUAUAGCUGGAUUUCAGGGAAGCCACAUCAGGAUCUAUGAUGUUGAGAAGGACUGGAAAGUUAAGAAAGACAUCUCUGCUAGAAACUUACGGUGGACAAUUACUGAUACAUCUCUUUCACCUGAUCGACAAUAUCUUGUUUAUGCUAGUAUGUCACCGAUUAUCCAUAUUGUCAAUGCAGGAUCGGCUACAACAGAGUCAGUAGCAAAUGUGACCGAAAUUCAUUAUGGAUUAAAUUUUGAUUCUGACAAUGAUGGUGUUGAAUUUGGGAUUUUCUCUAUCAAAUUUUCAACGGAUGGGCGAGAGCUAGUGGCUGGAACUAGUGAUAGUUCAAUAUGUGUAUAUGAUCUUGGAGCAGAUAAGCUAAGCCUUAGAAUUCCUGCUCACCUGUCUGAUGUUAACACUGUAUGCUUUGCCGAUGAAUCUGGUCAUCUCAUAUAUUCUGGAAGUGACGAUAGUUUCUGCAAGGUGUGGGAUAGGCGUUGCUUUGUCUCGAAAGGACAACCUGCUGGUGUCUUAAUGGGACAUUUAGAAGGCAUUACAUUCAUUAAUAGUCGCGGAGAUGGCCGCUAUUUAAUUUCUAACGGAAAAGAUCAAACUACCAAAUUAUGGGACAUAAGGAAGAUGUCUUCUAAUGCCAUGAACAGUCUUGGCCUCGGAGACGACGAGUGGGACUACCGAUGGAUGGACUAUCCUAGAUAUGCAAGAAAUUUAAGACAUCCGCAAGACCAGUCACUGGCAACAUAUCAAGGCCACUCCGUGUUGCGUACUCUAGUUCGCUGUUAUUUCUCACCAUCGUACAGCACUGGUCAAAAAUACAUUUACACCGGAUCUAGUGACGCGUCUGUCUAUAUAUACGACCUGGUGAGCGGAGAACAAGUUGCGAAACUUGAUCAUCAUGAAGCACCGGUAAGAGAUUGCAGCUGGCAUCCUUUCUAUCCGAUGCUGAUAAGUUCAGCAUGGGAUGGUGACAUUGUUAGAUGGGAGUUUCCUGGAAAUGGUGAACCAACAGCUCCUCCUCCAAAUAGAAGAUCAGGUGGAGUUCGUAUUAGAGGAAUGUAUUAUAUGUAAGUGCAUGUUCUUUGUACAUAUAUCUAUAUAUCUAUCUGGAUUCAUACAUUUAGGUAGCAUAAUAUUUUAUGCAGCUUUCUUUCUUCACUUUUUCUACACCUAUAGAAAGGGUUCCAAAAGUUUGUUACAUUUAUCUAUAACCUUGUUUUUGUAAGCCUAUCAUGGAUGAAAAUAAAUAGUUGGAUUAAAGUUCUGUA